AACUUCAUAAUUUUCUCUAACAACUUCAUAAUUUUCUCUCAAAACCCUCACUUCACUCGGACAGUCCCUCAGCCUCAGGCGCCGUCUCCCAUCUCCCGAGUCCCAAACCCUAGCCGUCUCCCCUCCAGAGUCCCCGCCCCACGCGGCCACGCCUUGACAACCAGAUGCGGAUCCGUUCACGCCUUCACGGCCCCUCCGCCCGUCCUUCAGAGUAGUGAGUUUUGUCUCCCACUUUCGCGAGUCUCGUGUUCCGGAGUCCUGGUGGUGAAAUCCCGUGUUCAUUCAACUCGUCCAACGAUACAAACUCUCGAGGUUACUCAGACUCGCAGUUCGAUCUGUUGGUCGGUGGUUGUUAGUAUAAUCCUUUUCAAUUGAAGAGACAGAUUUUUCCGAGCAGUUAAUUUUGUUGAGAAUGGCAGAGACAUUUAAGGAUUUGGGAGUAUCUGACCAAUUGAUCGAGGCUUGUGAAAAUUUGGGAUGGAAAAAUCCAUCGAAAAUACAGGCUGAAGCAAUUCCUCAUGCACUUGAUGGAAAAGACUUGAUUGGACUUGCACAAACGGGUUCUGGUAAAACUGGAGCUUUUGCUCUUCCCAUUUUGCAAGCGUUUUUAGAAUCUCCACAUCCAUUCUUUGCUUGUGCUCUGUCCCCAACAAGGGAGCUCGCAAUUCAAAUUGCCGAGCAGUUCAAAGCAUUGGGAUCUGGCUUUGGCCUUAAGUGCGCUGUGCUUGUUGGAGGGAUAGAAAUGAUGGAACAAACUAAGAUGCUUGCAAACCGGCCACACAUUAUUGUUGGAACACCUGGACGCCUUUUGGAUCAUCUUUCCAACACUAAAGGUUUUUCCCUUCGCACAUUGAAGUAUUUGGUUUUAGAUGAAGCCGAUAAACUAUUGAAUGAUGAAUUCGAGAAAUCCCUCGACGAAAUUUUAAACGUUAUCCCUCGUGAGCGAAGAACAUAUUUAUUUUCCGCUACAAUGACCAAAAAGGUUAAGAAGCUCCAAAGGGUUUGUUUGAGAAAUCCUGUAAAGAUUGAAGUAGCAUCUAAAUAUUCAACUGUUGACACACUGAUGCAGCAUUAUUGCUUCGUAUCUGAUAAAUACAAGGAUUGCUACCUUGUAUAUAUUUUGAUUGAGAAGUGUGGAUUUUCAUCAAUGGUUUUUACACGUACCUGUUAUGCAACGCGUAUUGUUGCUCUGUUUCUUCGAAAUCUUGGAUUCAAGGCCAUUCCGAUUAGUGGCGAAAUGGCACAGUCAAAGAGACUUGGAGCCUUGAAUCAGUUUAAGGCAGGAGCGUCCAAUAUUCUUGUCUGCACUGAUGUGGCAAGUAGAGGACUGGACAUUCCUUCUGUUGAUCUGGUUAUCAAUUAUGAUAUCCCCGCAAACCCCAAGGAUUAUAUCCAUCGGGUGGGAAGAACCGCACGUGCAGGACGAUCUGGCGUUGCGAUCUCUCUAGUGGAUCAAUAUCAGUUGGUUUGGUUUAAACAAAUAGAGAAUCUCAUAGGCAAGGAGUUGCCGGAGAUGCCUUUUCAGCGGGAGGAAGUCUUGCUAUUGAAUGAACGAGUCAAAGAGGCCACAGGAAUAUCUCGAAGGGGAAUGGAGGAAUCUGGAGGCAAGAAGGGGAAAAGGCGAAAUGAUGAGGAGGAUAUGGACAAACACUUGGGUACCAAGGAUAGGAAGUUUUCUAAAAAGAAGAGAAAAUGAAUUUAACAGUUAUUGAUAUCAAAUUUUGUUAGAAUUUUUAAAUGUUUAAUGUUUUAGAUUUCUUAAAUAAUUGUGAGGUUAUAUAUAUAUAUAUAUAUGUAUAAUUUUUUUUUCAAA